AUGGACAAGAGGUAUAUCGAGCGGAAAAGAGUGUAUUCCGGACAUGUUCUGGACGUGUUCCGAGCGCGGGAUAUCAGUUCCGGUCAAUUGGUCUGUUUAAAGGUUGUAGACGGUGAUAUCAGUAUCAAGCCUCAUAGUAUGAAGAGAGAAAUCACCAUAUUGAAGGAGCUAAAAGGCGGAAGUAACAUUCUUCAGUUUCUAGACUGGUACGAAUUGUUUGACGAUGUGGUUAUGGUCAGUCGUUGGUACGAAUACACGCUUGUGUCGUUGCUCCAGAAUGCAAAGUAUAGUCGUAAGGUAACGAGGUUUGACUUUGCCAAUCCUUUAGACAAUAAAGUUAACAUUGUAAGCAAAGUAGAUGAUUUGAGUGCCAAAGGCUUUUUACAAGCGAUGGCAUCUGGAUUGAGCUACAUACAUAAGCACGGAAUAAUUCAUCGGGAUAUUAAGCCAUCCAAUAUCUUGUUCGCAGAUGAUGAUAUAACCAAGCCAGUGAUAGGUGAUUUUGGAAUCAGCUAUAAUGGUCCGUAUAGUGACGAGUCUGACGAUUGCAAGUUUCUUGAUGUGUGUACUGGCAUCUACAAGGCUCCUGAGUUGUGUCUUGGUAAAUGCGACUACGGAAACGAGAUUGAUAUCUGGUCAUUGGCAGUAGUCCUUACAAUAGUGUACUCGUCGGACUUCACAUCAAUUCUAGAGGAAGAAAAUGUUGUCAGUGAUUUGUGGCUUCUCAGCACAAUCUUCAACAAUUUUGGCACCCCUUUUGUUAACGAAGGCCAAUAUGAAGACGAGAGCCUAUAUUGGCCCGAGCUACAACUGGACAAAUAUCACUUUGUCGACUUCCAGUUUGUGCACCAGAAUCGGAAGCCAGAUACUGAGUUGCUUCCAAAGUGUCGGGAUCCAGUUGCGACCUCUGUGUUUAACGAGAUGACUAGAUACAGACAGAGAAUUACUGCCCAAGAGAUAUGUGACAAGCUCGCUAUAGAAGAGAAUAGAUAA